CACCCAAAAUAUGAUUUGAAGUUUGACGAUCAAUUUUCUGACAAAAGCUAUAUUUUCGUCACAAAUCGUUCGCUUUUAAAAGAAAUCUACUUGCCGAUAGUAAACUUGAAUAUUGAAUAGCGGGAGUCCGCAUGUCGUUUCUUGUCAAGUCAAAAAAUAUUCAUUCAACUUGUCCAGGAUUUUAGAACGUCUCUCUCCAUGAAUGAAGUCCCUUCGAAUCGAGUAAUACCCAAUGCAUUGGCGCCUUUACCAUCAUUCUUCUUCGAGCUUUAACGAAACGUCGAAGUCCAAUCCGGACAAUGAAGCCAAAGAAGCCUCGUUAUUGACAAUUCGCACUUUGGGAUCUUUUUCAAAAGUGUGCUCCGAAUUGAAGUCCCCGUCCAUCCAUUCAUCCAAGGCUUAUCCGGCAAGAUCUUGGCUCUUACUCUUCAACAUGGCCACUGCUGGAAGCAAGAUCAAAAGCUGUCUCCGGGGGAGCGCCCUGACCAUCGCAACAAUUAUCGGGGUAUUUUCCGGCGUCUUUUUGGGACUGGCCCUCCGACAACGUGAGACAAGAUGGACGGAGAGGGAAAUCAUGUACAUCACUUACCCGGGAGAGUUGUUUCUGAGGAUGCUGAAGGCCUUGAUCCUGCCUUUGAUUGUUCCAAGUCUAAUCGCGGCUGUGGGUUCGUUAGACAUGAGGUUCUCUGGGAAGGUUGGCGCCAGGGCUGUAGGCUAUUACAUGACCACCACAGUUCUGGCCGUCAUCCUAGGGAUCAUCUUGGUGACUUGCAUUCACCCCGGAGGACAGACAAGUGGAGAAACAGUCCGAGUCGGCGAGAGUCGCAAUGUCACGGCAGCUGAUACUCUCAUGGACCUGGCCAGGAAUUUUGUUCCACCCAACAUCGUCCAAGCUACCGUGGCUCAUUACCGGACUAUACUCAAGUAUCCUGGGGAUGAGGCGUACACUGACGAAAAUGGCCAGUUCCGAGAUCCGAAAAACUUCUACACUUGGAAGAUCACAGGCCAGUACAAGGAUGAGACGAACAUCCUCGGACUCGUGUUCUUCUCCGUGUUUUUGGGCAUCACAUUAGCGAUCAUGGAGGAAAGGGGCAAGCCACUCAUUGACUUCUUUACUUGCCUUUCUCAGGCCAUGAUGACCAUAACCACAUGGGUGAUCUACCUUGCACCUGGAGGAGUUUUCUUCCUCAUUGGAGGUCAAGUCCUGGAGAUGGAGGAUAUGACUGAAGUGGCAGGGCAACUGGGAUUAUAUUUCUGCACCGUACUCGGUGGUUUAUUUUUCCACGGCUUUGUCGUUCUCCCAGCUAUCUAUCUGCUUCUUACCCGCGAGAUGCCCUUCAAAUUUAUUGCCAAUAUGACCAACGCCAUGACCACAGCAUUCGGAACUGCAUCCUCUUCAGCCACACUCCCUGUGACCAUUAAUUUGCUCGAGGAGAAAAAUGGAGUCGAUCCAAGGAUUUGUCGCUUUGUCUUACCCAUUGGCGCCACGAUCAAUAUGGAUGGCACCGCCCUAUAUGAGGCUGUGGCUGCCAUAUUCAUUGCCCAGGUGCGAAAUAUGCAACUCUCUUUGGGUCAGGUUAUCGCCAUAUCGAUCACAGCCACAGCUGCUAGCAUUGGAGCGGCGGGAAUUCCCCAGGCAGGUCUGGUGACCAUGGUCAUGGUCUUGGAGACGGUCGGCCUUCCUGCGGAGGAUGUUACUCUGAUCUUGGCCGUGGAUUGGCUACUUGAUCGAUUCCGCACCGCCAUCAACGUCCUUGGUGACUCUUUCGGCGCGAGCCUGGUUUAUCACCUUAGUAAAAAGGAACUCGAAGCAUUCAAUUGAAAAGUUAAGGGUGACCAAUUUCAGUGUACAUAGACGCAACCCACAUUAGUUCUUAGUAUUAGGCGGCCUGUUUCGGAUUUGGAUACUUUGUAAAUAUGAUUGUGUUUCGAGAGCUAUUAUGAUUGUUAUCCCCACAUUCCCAGCAUAACGAUGAUAAUAAUAAAUGAUGUUUCGACA